AUGGCAAGUCAAGUCCAUCAGUCAGGGUCUCUACCCUCUUUCAAGCCCUAUGUUCUCUCACCCUUGGAUCAUGCUAUGGCUUGCUUCUAUCUGACAUCGACCAUUACGUUCUCGUUGCAAGAUCCGACACGAGGCAUACCAGUUCUCGAAGCAGGUGUAUCGCAAUUAGUAUCCAAGCUACCCUUUCUAGGUGGCAAUCUGAUCUGGACCACCCACCCCGACAGCACAAAGGUGACGGGAGAGAUUCACCCACCAACUGCAGCCACAUGGGACACAUAUCCCAUGCUGAAGGUCAAGUAUCAUGCCGGUAAAUAUACCUCCAUGUCAUACGGAAGGAUCAAUGGCCCAUGCCACUGCGGUGUGAUCUCAUAUGAUCACAUCCUCCGUGAAGAGUUUGUGCCGUUGCCAUUCGACAUUGUCCUUGCUGAAACAUGCCCUGUGUUACGAUUUCAGGCGAACGUUUUCGAAGAUGGUAUCAUCCUAUGCGCAAGCUUUCAUCAUAACGUCAUAGACGGGAAGGGAAUGAAUACAGUCAUGGAAGCAUUAGCUACAUGUUGUCGAAACCCAACAAACGUGCAGCAGGAUGAGCUUCCCACUGACCCGAUCAGUGAAGCCAUAUGCCGCACGCGUCUCGCUGCUCUAGCCUCACCGACCCCUGAUGCAUUUGUGGUACGGAGAGGAACGAAUUGCCCUAUCCCAGCUGCACCUGAACAGGGCCUUCAGGCGCCCAUCACUCGGUUACUCGUCUUGAGCGGGGAGAAAGUCAUCCAGCUGAAGAGAAUGUGCAAGGCAUUCGUACGAAACGAGGCUCGCGGAGAGCUUCCAUCCUCCGAACUUGGAAGACCGACCCCUGCAUUAUCAAGCAAUGACAUUAUCUCAGCCUUGCUGUGGCUCUGUGUCCUUCGAUCGCGAGUCCGAUCAGACCCUCGGUUUCCGCAGCGAGCAAAAUCGUACUUUUCAUUUCCGACCGAUGCUCGCAUGAUCAUCCCUCAAGAUCUCCGGUCCACGUACAUUGGGAACUCUGUCGUUUCUGCCACUGUAGAGUCGCCGUUCUCGAUUGAGGAUGCAAUCCAGUCUUCCUCUGCCACCAUCUCCGCUCCUGAUGAAUUCAAUCUAUCUUUGAUGGUUCGCCUAGCCCUAGCGGUCCGGUCCAAGUUCAUGUCCAUCGGUAGAAAGCAUGUUCAAGAUAUGAUUUCUUCUCUUGGGACAGGAGAUCAUGCCGUGUUAACCGCAGGCAACGCCGAUUUCGCCCUGAGUAGCUUGCGGCAUAUGAAUUUCUAUGAGUUGAAAUUUGGACCGGUCCUUGGUAGGGCUGCACAUAUGGAUCUGGCGGAUCCUCGAAUGAAGAAUCAGGCUUGGAUUCUGUCAGAUAGGCAUCCUGGCCAUAGCGGAAUGUCAUCCUGGGAAAUUCGCAUUACACUGGACCCGAUGGUGAUGGAGUAUUUGCUUGAAGAUACGUUGUUCCAGUGGAUGAAAGUCACAGACUUAUGCAAGUUAUGA